AUGCAAAAUAAUACUGAUACUUGGGAUAUUCGUACUAAAUUAUUAGUUGGAGAAGACAAUUAUAAGGUUAUUCAAACUAAAAGAUUUUUGAUUAUUGGUAAUCAUCCGUCUUUGUCUUAUACAAGUGAAUAUUUAAUUCGAGCAGGGGUUAUUAAUUUAACUCUAUAUUAUCCAGAAAUAAACAAUGACAUUUCACUCACAUUACAUGCAUUUACUGUAGAUCAAAAGAAUGAACAAGAACAAUUAUUAUUGAUUAAUCCUGAAGCAAAAAUUACAUUAAUUAAUAAACCAUAUGAUUCAAUGUUAAUGAAAACAUAUAUUUCUUCAAAUGACAUCAUUCUAAUUGGAAUAGAAAACCAAAAGUUUGCAGUUGAUGCAUGUAAAAUAGGAUUAGAAUUUCAAAAGAAAGUAUUUUGUGUUCUUGGAGGUUAUGGGUUAUUUGAUUCAACCCAAAUUCAAAUAAAAAAUAUUGAAAGAGUAAAAAAAAGUAAAUUAGCAAUUGAAUUUAAAUCAGCAUUAUAUAAAGAAAAUAUUCGUCGUAAUGUUAGAUGUAUUUAUGGAGAAGAUGGUCAGGGAGAAGGUGGACUACCUUAUAUUUUUUCUGUAAUGGGUAUUUAUCUUGCUUCUCAAGGAAUUGACUCAAUAAUAACUCGAAGACCAGUUCAAUUACGUGCAGAAAAACCUGACCAAAAAGAAAAUGAAACUAAACAAAAAGAGCAAGAGAAAUAA